AUGGGUCGACUAGCAAGCGCCCUCCUCCUCGGCCUGGCGUUCUUCACGGCCGACUCGGCCGCGGCGGAGCAGCGGUCGCGAGAGAGCCUCAAUGCCGGUUGGCGCUUCACGCGCUUCACGUCGAACCCAGAUGGGUUGACCUACUCCUCGCUGAAGCCCUUCAUCAUGCCGGCGGCCAACGACUUUGUGGUCGACCUGGCCAAGCACGUGCAACGACCCGACCAGGGCUCCGAGCCGGCACCGCCCGAGUUCUCCAAGGCUGAGUUUGACGACGCCGCCUGGGAGGCCGUGAACCUGCCCCACGACUGGGCCGUCAAGGGCCCCUUCUACGAGGGUCCCAAUCCCACCGUGGGCGGCGGCCAGGGAAGGCUGCCCAGCCAGGGCAUCGGCUGGUACAGACGGAAUUUGGACUUUGCGCCCGAGGACGCCGGCAAGGCCAUCUACAUAGAGGUCGACGGCGCCAUGAGCUACUCGACCGUCUGGCUGAAUGGCAGGAUCGUAGGCGGUUGGCCCUAUGGCUAUGCUAGCUACCGGCUGGAGCUCACGCCCUUCCUCAAGGAGGGGAAGAACCAGCUGGCCAUUAGGGUUGACUCGCCUAUCAACGUGUCCCGGUGGUACCCGGGAGGUGGCGUCUACAGAAAUGUCUGGCUCACCAAGGUCAACCCUACACACGUCGGCCACUGGGGAACCUACAUCAAAACCAAGGACGUCUCUUCAGGAUCUGCUACAGUGGAUCUUGCCGUCACUGUAGAGAGCACGAGCAAGCAAGAAUCUCAGGUCAUCGUCUCAACAGAUGUUUACGUCCUUGACGCCUCUGGCCAGCCCGGGGCCAAGGUGGCCUCGUUUGGCAACGCCACUGUUACAGUGCCUGCCGGCUCAUCCAGCUCGACAAACGGCACCGUGACCGUUUCCAACCCGGCGCUUUGGGGACCCAAGCCUGACCAAACUCCCAACCUCCACGUAGCCGUCACAAGUGUUUACUCUACCGAUGGUGAGCUCCUCGACACUUACAAGACCAAGUUUGGUAUCCGCAGCGUGCAGUACACCAACGAAGGGCUCCACGUCAACGGCAAGCGAGUCUACCUUCAGGGCGUUUGCCAGCACCAUGAUCUGGGCAGCCUCGGGUCGGCCUUCCACGUGCCCGCGGCGAGGCGCCAGCUCGAGAUGCUUCAGGACAUGGGUACCAACGCGGUGCGGACUUCGCACAACCCACCGGCGCCCGAGCUGCUCGAGCUGGCUGACCACAUGGGCAUGCUUGUUCUCGACGAGAUCUUCGACACGUGGGCGAACCACAAGGUGGACAAUGACUUUGCCACCAUCUGGGACGACUGGUCCGAGCCGGACCUGCGGGCGUUUGUGCGCCGCGACCGCAACCACGCCUCGGUCUGGGCAUGGAGCUACGGCAACGAGGUGCGGGAGCAGACUAUCGAGGGCGGGGAACGCACGGCCCAGCGCCUGGCUGGCAUCGCGCACGAGGAGGAUGCCACGCGCUCCAGCACGGUCGGCAUGAACAACGCCGGCCCCAACUCGCCAUUCACCGCGGUCGUCGACCUCAUCGGGCUCAACUACCAGGGCGAGGGCAAGACCGGCUCGCGCCCGUCGUUCCCCAACUUCCGCUCCAACUUCCCCAACAAGAUGAUCUACUCGAGCGAGUCGUCGUCGGCCGUGUCGUCCCGCGGCACCUAUGUGUUCCCCGUGCCAUCUGAGAACUCGGCCGUCGUCAACAUUACCACCGGUGCCGGCGUCAUCAACGACACGCGCCAAGUCUCGAGCUACGAGCUGCACGCGGUCUCAUGGGGUGCCAGCCCGGACAAGGUCUUUGCCGGCCAGGACGAAUUCCCAUACGUCGGAGGCGAGUUCGUCUGGACGGGCUGGGACUACAUCGGCGAGCCCACCCCCUACGACGACGAGUCGCGGUCGUCCUACUUUGGCAUCAUCGACCUCGCCGGCUUCCCCAAGGACCGCUUCUACCUGUACCAAGCGCGCUGGGCCGCGGCGAAACCCAUGGCGCACAUCCUGCCGCACUGGAACUGGGCGGGCCGCGAGGGCCAGGUCACGCCCGUGCACGUCUUCUCGUCGGGCGACGAGGCCGAGCUCUUUGUCAACGGCGAGAGCCAGGGCCGCAAGAAGCGGGGGCAGUACGAGUACCGGUUCCGAUGGGACGAGGUGACGUACGCGCCGGGCGAGGUGCACGUCGCCACGUACAAGGGCGGCGCGCCCUGGGCCAACGCCACGGUGCGCACCGCGGGCGCGGCCUCGACGCUGUCGCUGACCAGCUACAAGGACCAAAAGACGCUGCAGGCCGACGGCAGCGACCUCGCGUUCCUCAGCGUCGCCGUCACGGACGACCAGGGCGACGUGGUGCCGACCGCGGAGCCCGAGGUCACGUUCUCCGUCUCGGGCCCGGGCGAGAUCGUCUCGACCGACAACGGCGACCCGACCGACUUUGUGCCGUUCCCCAGCCACACCAGGAAGGCAUUCCGGGCCAAGGCGUUGGCCAUCGUCAGGGCCAAGGAGGGCGGUGGGCGCAUAGUGGUCACGGCCGAGGCGGAUGGGUUGAAGAAGGGGGAGUUUGUGUUUAAUGCAUGA